CCUGUCUUUCCCCCCCUCAGGCCUGAUGUCCUGUUCCUGCACGGCCAGGCGUUCACCUCCAAGACGUGGGAGGCCUUGGGCACACUGGCACUGCUCGCUGGAGAGGGCUACCGUGCGGUUGCCAUAGAUCUGCCCGGCUAUGGGGAUUCUCCCCCAAUGGAGAUGGCGCUGACAGCACAGGGCCGGAGGGCAUUCCUGGACCGUGUCCUGCAGGAGCUGGGCAUGCAGAGGCCUGUUCUCAUCAGCCCCUCCAUGAGCGGCCGCUUUUCCCUGCCCUUCCUCCUGGCACACGGGGACCGGCUGGCCGGCUUUGUGCCCAUCGCACCCGUGGGCACCAAGGAUUUCACUGCUGAGCAGUACCGUGCAGUCCAGACACCCACUCUGAUCCUGUAUGGUGGCCACGACACUGGCCUGGCUCCCCAGGCCCUGCAGAACCUCCAGCACCUCCCUAAGCACCGUGUGGCCGUGCUGUCAGGUGCUGGCCAUGCCUGCUACCUGGACAAGCCAGAGGAGUUCCACCGGGCCCUGCUGGGCUUCCUGCGCCAGCUGAAGUGAGCACUGCCUCCUCCCUGCCAACAGAGGGGCCUCCGGGAGGCUGGGAGCCACAGACAGCUGGCAUGAGGGAUGCGGUUCCCUCCUGGGAUAUCCCCAGGACGGCGGGGGGUGGGACUAGAGGUGUCCCUUGCUGGCAGGAGGAACAGUCUGUCACGAGGCCAAUAAACUAAUGCUGCUCUGG